AUGGCGCUCGACGGUUGCCCAGACUUCGCGCUGGCGUCCCAGUCUGGCACCGCGUCCCAGUCUGGCCCCGCGUCCCAGUCUGGUUCCGGGGAGAAGCCGACGGACCAGAAAAAGCGGGAGUGGCUGAGGGUAUACGAGACGGCGCCCGCGCAGUUGCUCAACGUAUACGGGCCUUCGAAGUUCGCGAAGCUGUCGGACAAGCAGGUAUGGACACAGAUGCAGGAGCCGCUGAAGAGUGGGGCCGUCUGGAUGUCGGAGAUGUGCAGCAAGGAGCCGGAGCGGAGGGGUGUCGGUAUCAACCGUUUCAUUCACGCGAUGAAGACCUUCUGCGAGUAUCAAAACGAUCCUGCGGUCAAGAAGAACAACGAGGCGGUAUUGAAGCCGCAGCUGUAUGAGGAGUUGUACAAAGAGAUUGACUAUAUCCUGCCGGCCUUGCAGUAUUGCCUGGCUCCGAAAAAGCAGUAUGAGAAGAAGGGUGCUGCUCUCCUGCGUUCGAGCGGCACGGAGGAGCAAGUGCAGGCGACCGGGAGGACGCCAGCGGAGCUGGACAAGUAUGCGAAGCAGCUGUAUGACUGGCUCGACAAGACUAAACUUUCGCGAGUGCGUAUGAUGGCCAAUUGGCAAAGUUGCGGGGGGUUGUCCUUUGUUGCUCAAUGCCAUCAUCGGGCUACCACCUGCUUCAGGUAUCACGGCAACAGCUUUCACGGAGCUGGUCCAUCGCAGCACGAGGUAUCACUUGAAGAGUUCCAGGCCGGUGUGAAGCUUCGCCAUUCGUUGGGCCACAACGGUAUUGACGUGGAGGCGGUGAGCGAGGUCCGCGCCGUCAACGAUUUCGGGGAUGCUUGA